UAAUAUAAACAAAAGAUGAGUUAGGUUUGGGUUAGGUUAGGUUUGAAUUAGGUUAGGUCAUUUUAUCCAGCCGGCAACCAAACUAACGAAUACGCUACCACGAACGUACAAUUAUAGACAGAAUUCUCUGUAGUGGUACCAACAAUUUUUUGUAAAUAUCUCGAAAACUAGGGUCGAGCGCCGGUUACAUGUAUAAUAGAAAAAAAUUGUUCAAAAUCAUGCCUCCGAUGAUAUGUUCAAAAACCAUCGAAAUCGAUAGUGAAAAUAAACUUCUAAAUAAUUACCAUUUAACCUAGUACGUGAUUAAUUUUCUAUGCGUAACAUGUUAAAAAAUCAUUUGCUGUUUAUUAUUCGCGAGAAAUCUUCACUCUAGGUGUUACAGGGAACAAGAGCAGAUCUAUUUAAAAAGUUAAAACUAUGGAAGGUCAUUCAUAUGUUUCAUGUAUCAAGAUUAAUGGAAUUCCUAUUUUACCACCAAUGAUAACUGAAGAUAUUAAACAGGAAAUAUCCAAUUAUAAGAAAUGUGCAAUAAAUAUAGAAAAAAAGUUGAAUGUUUCACACAUUGCUAAAGAAUGUAAUAAUAGUAAUAUUUAUAUAAGAAAAGUUACAAAAGAAUCAAGGGAUAUGAAAUGUAAAAAAACAGUUCAUGGUUCAAGAGAGAAUUUAAUUUCUUUUGAAUGCAAAAAUAUUAAUUAUAAUGAAACUAAUACUGUGGAUAUAAACAAUAUUCCAAUAGAAAUUUUUGAAAGCUCUAAUGACAAUUUAGAAAAAACAUUACAAUCUAGUAAAAAUUUAAACAUGGAAUGUAAGUGUGAAAAUCAGGUAAAUUUGGCUCCUGGUACUGUUUCAAAAUCAAAAUCAAUAACUGCUAGCGGUGAUAGAGAUCGUUGCUUGAAUGAAACAGCUUCAAUAGAAUCUAUUAGUACAGAAACAAUAUCAGAUAUUUGGAAACCACAAGUGCCUAAAACAUUAAAUAUUAUUCCAUUAACACUGAAUAAUGCUACAUGUAACGGAGAUAGAGAUUGUCAAGAAAGUAAUUUUGAUAAUUUAGGAGAUACUCCUAAAUUAGUACGUCAAGGUUCCUAUGUGUUAGAUACUCCAAGUCCAAUAUUAUUGGCACACAUGCAAAUGGAACUUGCUACUUCAACUUGUGCUCCAUGUUCAGAAUAUGUUCCAACAUCUUACGGGAAUACGAACCAACAAAAAGAAUGGAAUGUUACACAAGCUAAAAUUGAGUGGGAGUAUGAAACUGAAGAUAAAGAAUCUGUUCCUAUAAGAAACUCUAAUCGUAAAACUAAUCGUAAAAUGUGUAAAUCCGUUUCUUUACAAACGAAACCGGAAUCUUCUUUUGUAAUAUGUCCAUCAACAAAGUCUGCAGAUUGCAUUCAAACGAUGUUAGCUAAAGAGUGUGUUAAUAGAAGUGAUAUACAAAUUAAUCACAAUGAAAAGUAUAUUGUAGAUAAUAACAAUGAAAACAUAGAAAAAUUACAAACAUGGAACAAGCAUAAUAGCUCUUGCACUUUUAAUCCAGUAUGUAAACUUGGUGGUUCCUUGGAAGAUCUAAAUGAGCACAAUAGCAUUUAUGCAACUAAUAAUUUGAUGGCAAAAUUUUCGAAAGAUACAGAUAUAGAUAACCCAAUCCCUAAAUUGAAAUCUACUAUUGCAUCUGAUAAACUUCUAACAGUUUACAAAAAGGUACAAGAGAUGCAUAAGAAUCAGAUGGCUGAAUUAAUGUUUCGUCAACACAAGGAACAAACAUUACUACAAAAGGAAUUUGAAAAACAACAAUUACUUUUAUUGACUGAGAUUAAAAAAUCCUUUCCAAAAAUUUCAGUUUCUUUGCUCUCUGAAAAUAUCUUGUCUCCUGCUUUUAAUGAUGAAAACAAUAUGCAAAAUGUUAGAACUUUAAAAGAUAAUCUAGAACAAAAGAAUGAAAUAGAACAUUCACAAGAUAAUAAGACGAACAUAACUUCGUGUCCAUUGAAUUAUAUUUAUUCCGAAAUGAAUUAUGAUAAUGCUUCUUGUUCUACUAGAUAUCCAUAUACAGCUCGAUCAUCAGAAACAGAACCCUCAGUCAAUAUUAAUAAUUCUCUGACAAAAAUAAAUGGAAGAAAUACAGAGAUGCAAUCAAAUGAUGUAAAUUACAAAGAAAGAUUAUUAGAGGAGGGUGAAACAAGUAAACGUUCAAACGUUAGCCGAGAAUUAUUUCCUUUAGAUAGCAAAACUACUCAUGUACCAGUCCUUGAGAGGACAAUAUAUGAAACUAAACAUAUUAAAGCAGUAAAUGUAAUAAACGCAUAUGCAAGAGGGUAUUUAGUACGUAGAAUGAUGCGAACCGAACGUGUGAUUGCUUUAAAAAACACAUACAAAGAAGCCUUACAUUGCAUGCUUAAACUUCAUGUUGAUGCACCCCUUAAUCGCUCAGAAUUUAAUUUUUUACAUCGGCUUCAAUUACAGUGUGACGCAGCUUCUAUGAAUAUAGUGGAGUUAUUUGCCCAAAAUCCCCAGAAAAGAACGCAAGUAAUAGCGCAAGAUCGUGAAAUUAAAAAAUCCCGUAUAGAACGUCCAUCAUCUGCAAGAUCAUACUCGUUUGCAACUCAACGGACUUUAGCCAGGAAAAAAUUGAAGGAGAUGGAAGAAUAUCAACCAACUUCGUUUGUUCGUUCAUGUUUGUCUAGAUCUAGAUGUCAAACUUGGACUUCAGAUAUUAAAGAAAGACUUAUCUCUUCAAACAUUUUAUAUGAGAGUAUUAAAAGAAGUACCAGCGCUGGGACUGUACGAAAACCUUGGCGAUAAAUUGAUAUAACGGUGCCUUCUAUUAUUUAAUUUAAUAUAUGUACAUUGUGUUGAAAUAUGUAAACAAACCCACUUUGUGCCUGAAUUUUUAAAUAAAUUCGUUUCAUACAAAAUUUA